AGCACGGUUUCCGUUUUGUCCGGGGAAUGUUGAUAGUGGGACACCAUCUGCAUUUGUGCAGAAACUAGCUGUCUCAUACACAUGUUUACUUAUUUCAAGCGUUUUAUCCAAAGAAGUACACUAACUAACAUAAAUGAGUUGUAAAGGAGAAUCAAAUGACUCUCCUUCCAAACGCAAAGUUGUGUAUGUCUAUAGUCCUCAAUACACCGAGACAUGCGACUCGCUAUCAAAAGUCCCCAACCGGGCAAGUAUGGUGCAUUCACUCAUAGAAGCGUAUGGUUUACUUCAACACAUGAGUGUUGUGAAGCCCCGUGUUGCGACCAUUGAGGAGAUGGCCAAGUUCCACACAGACGCCUACCUGGAGCAUCUCCACAAAAUCAGCCAGGAUGGAGACAAUGAUGACCCCCAGUCCGGGGACUUUGGCCUGGGUUAUGACUGCCCGGUGGUGGAGGGUAUCUAUGACUAUGCUGCAGCGGUCGGUGGUGCCACCCUGACUGCUGCCCAGUGCCUGCUGGAUAAGAGGGGUGAAGUGGCGAUCAACUGGGCAGGAGGCUGGCACCACGCCAAGAAGGAUGAGGCAUCAGGCUUCUGUUAUGUGAAUGAUGCUGUGCUGGGGAUUCUCAAGCUGAGAGAGAAAUAUGAGAGAGUUCUUUAUGUGGAUGUGGACCUUCAUCAUGGAGAUGGUGUGGAAGAUGCCUUCAGUUUUACCUCCAAAGUGAUGACUGUGUCUCUGCACAAGUUCUCCCCCGGAUUCUUCCCAGGUACAGGGGACCUGUGUGACACAGGGAUGGGGAAAGGAAGAUGGUACGCUGUCAACGUCCCUCUGGAUGACGGCAUCAAAGACGACAGAUAUUUCCACGUCUUCACCAGUGUGAUGCAGGAAGUGCAGGCGUUGUUUAACCCGGAAGCAGUAGUGAUGCAGCUGGGAGCUGACACCAUGGCCGGGGACCCCAUGUGCUCCUUCAACAUGACCCCUGUAGGGGUGGCCCAGUGUCUUUGCCACGUACUGGACUGGCACCUACCCACACUGCUGUUGGGAGGAGGUGGGUAUAACCUAGCCAACACGGCCCGUUGUUGGACCUACCUGACUGGGGCCGUACUGAGACAAACACUGGCCUCUGAGAUACCUGACCAUGAGUUCUUCACAGAAUACGGCCCUGAUUACUCUCUGGAGAUCAGUCCCAGCUGUCGACCGGACCGCAAUGAGACCAAACAGCUGGACAAGGUCAUCUCCACCAUCAAAGGGAAUUUGAAGAAUGUGGUUUAAGAGCAGAGUCUCAUGUUUCCAAUCAGGGCCUCCUGGGGUAAUGAACACACACACCAGGCUGAUGAAGACCGUAUGUUGGAGCUCCAUCCUUUGCCAACGGGGAGGAGAGGGAGAUGUUGGAGUGUGGGGGGGGGUAGAGCAGGAGAAUUGUGGAAAAACAUGACUUGAAUGUUUCCAGGGGGAUGUUUUAUUGUAGGGGACGAGGAGGAGGGUAGGGUGCUGAUGUUGCCGGUUUGCUGUUUCCGUUUGUCUUUGUAUAGUUUUUUUUUAAACUGUGGGGAGGAGAUUCUGGUUUGACUAGCCAUGGACCAGACUGAGAAUAUCUGCUCUAAAAAUGGCUUCCAGGGCCCGUAUUCCCAAAGGGUCUGAGUAUGAAUGCUGUACUCGGAUCAGAAUUUGAAGAUGAUUUUAGCCUUUUAGAUCAUAAUGAAUAAGAUUGCAUGGCCCAGAAUUCCUACCUUGUUAUAUUUUGCUUCUAAAUUUUCAGUUUAGAACCUGGGCUAUGGGUGGGUUGUAAUAUUAGACUUAAAUGUGUACAUAUUUAGGCGUGGGGAACAUUUAGGAUGGGCUAUGUUAAGAUUUGUGCUAAACGAGUAAAGCAGACAUGUUGGGGGCUCGUGUUACCUCUUUAGCUGCUUCCCUGGUGCUGUAUGUUCAUGCCUCCCUGGGGUGAGUUUCCCAAAAACAAAGAUAAUCUUCAGCAUUAAGAUAAUCUUACACCCCAUAUAGAGUAUCCUGACAAGAACUUUGAUGUUUUAUGAUCUUAGUGCUACAGAUGAUCUUCACUACAUGAGUGCAGUACUUUGAGAGCUUUAUAUGGGCGUUUUUCUUAACUGAACAAAAAUAUAAGCGCAACUAUUUCAAAGAUUUUACUGAGAUACAGUUCACAUAAGGAAAUCAGUCAAUUUAAAUCAAUUGGACCCUAAUCUAUGGAUUUCACAUGACUGAGCAGGGGCGCAGCCAUGGGAGGGCAUUGGCCCACCCUUCUUGGGAGCCUGGUCCACCCACUGGGGAGCCAGGCCCUGCCAAUCAGAAUGAGUUUUUCCCCACAAAAGGGCUUUAUUACAGACAGAAAUAAUCCUCAGUUUCAUCAGCUGUCCGGUUGGCUGGUUUCAGACGCUGAAUAAGUCUUAUGUGGAGGUCCUGGGCUGGCAUGGUUACAAGGUCUGCGGUUGUGAGGCAGGUUGGCUGUACUGCCAAAUUCUCUAAAUUGACUGAGGCGGCUUAUGGUAGAGAAAUUAACAUUCAAUUCUCUGAC